CCAAGGAUGGUUCAGACAUUCCUCAACGGUGGCCCUCUUCCUGCAAAUGAAACCAAACAAAUGGAUAGUCAUUCUCAAAUUUGUACAAGAACCCAUCGAUAAAUCAUAUUAAUCAUCUCUUCCCCCCGUCUAUGAUUCGUCGUCACUAUAAAUAUCCACCCAGGGUCCAGCUGUGUCAGUGGAUUCCCAAUUCGAGGUAAACAUUUGGAAUCGUGCCAAAAUGAACGUGAUCAUCAUCGCCUUGAACCUUGGAGCAAGCAGGGAUGAUGCUCAGCUUUCCAGAAGGAACACAAAUCGGCCAGCAGCAUUGAUAAACAAAGGGCUGCAGUGCACCAUAUCGUAUGAGUCGCGACUCAAACUCCAUGUAAUAGCUGACUGGUGGGAAUUGUCGGAGUCAAGGACCAUCCACUUGGAAUCGGAUAUCCGCUCAUUCUCCGGGUUUGUGCGUCAUCUCCCCGACGCCUUUUCUUCCACGUACAUACUACUCACUUUACUCGAGAGACGCACGGUACAUAGAAGAGGCUUCGUCUAUUGCAGAUGUCAUCUCUCUUGCUCCCUCCCUGUCUUUGAGAUGAGUUGGUGAAUGGAGAAGAAUCUUCCUUCGAGUGGUUCGGUUCGCCCUUUUUAAUUUCAACGGCAGGGGGGGUGUUUAGAUUAAAAAGUGGUUGUUCACCAAACAAUGAACCCAGAAAGAGGAGCGAAGCCGGCGGCAGUGUUGGAGAUGAUGAUGCCAAUUAAUCUCACAUGCCCGCUCUGUCGUAAAUCGAAUGGAUUUCACAAUGUGGAAUUACUCUGCGAUCGAGUGAUUGAGCUCGCAACUUCCACCAUUCAGUGUCCUUUGUGCCCGGUGGUGGCCUUGAACAUCCUAGACCUGGCCACUCAUCUGAGAGAUCAUAAAAGCAAAAAAAAAACGGGAUGGCCAUUGCCGUCCAACACCAACAUCAAUGCCUCGCACGCCAACAUUCUGGCAGAGCAUUCGUAUCGUCAAAGCUCCGGCGAGAAUCCCAAUGACACCUCGGUGGAGGAGCUUGAAGAGAUCCUUAAUGAUUUCACAUCCCUUCUGGAGGAUUCGAGCAAAUCUUCCGCACCACAUCAGGACAUCGCUCAUCACCAACCCAAUAACAACGAGGCCAACCGCAAGUACGACAAGCGGAAUAAUGGUAAUGAUCAUGUCGUCAUGUCUUCUCCGUCGCAUCCUGGAGACUCAUUCUCCAAUGGAUUCAAGGCGACGAGAUCGCCGAAGAAUCAGGAGAAAGAGGCCAAUAAUUUCCCCGUUAAUGGCCACGGAGUACGGAGUAAUAAUUGUCCAGCCAUGCAUCAUAUUGAGCGGAAGCACCCUCCCAAUAACGCCGGUCAACAUCCAAUAAUCAACGCUUCACUCCAUGAAAUAUCACCUACUUUCUCGCUUCCCAGCUUCACUAAAAUAAGCGCCAAUCUUCUUGGUGCGAGUGUGUCAACCAACGAUGAUCGAGUCCGGAAAAACGAGGGCCAGCUCGUGAAUAAUGGGCUGGAGAUGCCGAUGGAUGGGCUUAUUUUGGGUGCUUCCACAGCAUCGGAGGGUGCACAGAUGCAAUUGCAAGGCAAAAUGACGGCGCAAACAAGUCAUUACCAAGGUGGAAAUCUUAAUGGUCGGCUUGCCGUCGAGGGGAGUUUCGACCAUUGCAUUCUAGGAUCUGACAACGUGACAAGAGAGGCCAAAUCCGAGACGGAGAAGAAAUGCCCAAAUAAGCCCACCACAAAGACAAACGACUCCACAAUCGUCGCCUCAGCAGUCAUCACCUCACCAACAUUAUCAUCAUUAUCUUCCGGCCACCACGUUCCUCUGCCACCACAACCAUCAACACCACCACCAUCCCAACCAGCCCAAUGUCAGCUUUGUGGUUGGAAUUUUGAUGAUGAGCACUUUUUGCAACUCCACACAGCAUUGAUGCAUUCAGGCAGUCACCCUGACGAAGAAGAAGGAACAACAACAACACGUACCCCAUGGACUGAUAAACUGAUUAGGGAUUCCAGAGACAAACGCCAUUCCGGGGCUCUUACCCCGGGAGCCAAUGGCCAUCACCCCAAUGCAUUGUGGCCAAAUCAGGGUGACGAAAAAAGCUGUGAGGAAUACGGUUGUCGGUUUUGUGAUGAGAUCUUCACCUCCUUUGAUAAUUAUAAGAUACACCUCCGAUCCGCCCACAACGAUCAGCGAUUCAUCUGCAAGACUUGUGGCAAGCUGUUCAAAUUACGAGGCAGUCUGCUGGUUCACGAGCGUGUGGUUCACAAUCCAAAUGGACAAGGCACAUUCCAUUGCUCCAUUUGUAACCGGAAAUUCAACAAUAAAUAUCGACGUGACAUUCACGAGAAGUCUCACGGAGCCACGGAUGAGUUUCAUCCGACUGUGGGCGAGAAACUCACUUGUGUCAAGUGCAAUUUAGAUUUCAACGAUAGGGGAAGCUACGACAUCCAUGUGGCGGGCCACCGGUUCCAUUGCCAGGUUUGCUCUCAAGGCUUCGAGACCAACUCGGAACUGGUACUUCACUCUGUCUCGCACAUAAGACAAUCACGUGGCGACCCUGACUCUUUGUUGCCAACGGUUCCACUCAAGCAGGGAGUGACUUGUUCCCAAUGCUCUAAAGUGUUUCCAACCGAGAUUCAAUUGACUCAACACAUGAGACUUCACACGGGAGGACGACAUUGGGAAUGCAAAGUGUGCCAAAAGUCCUUCACCACCAAGUAUUUCUUGAAGAAACAUAACCGCCUUCACACAGGCGAGACUCCGUACAGGUGCAAGAUCUGCGAUCGGGCCUUCACGUUUCAGCAAUCAUUCCACAAGCACAUGCUCUAUCAUUCGGACGAGAAACCCUACACUUGCUCACAAUGUGGCAGGUCCUUCAAAGAGCUCUCGACCCUUCAGAACCAUGAGCGAAUUCACAGCGGAGAGCGACCCUUUCAAUGUGAGACGUGCGGCAAGAGCUUUCGCCAACGGGUCUCCUACUUGGUACACAGGAGAAUACACACCGGUGUGAUGCCCUACAAAUGCACCGUUUGUGGCAAAUGCUUCCGUUACAAAGUCACUCAAAGGACCCAUAAAUGUCCCGGAGACUCGGAAGAAACCAACGAACUCUCCCCCAAGCCAGCAACCCCCGCCGAUCAACCCAUUGCCAAAGAACUGUCCGACCAUCCCAACUUCCCCACUCUGCCCAAUAAGCUUCGCCAGGAUCUGUUGAAGUUCCGCAAACAGAGAACGCGGAACUGGAAGUUUACCCCUAAAGAGGAGACCACAACCUCCGAGCAGGCUCAGCCUCAGCCUCUGUUUGCUGAAGAGGUCAUUCGGUUUUCUCUUCCUGACCAUCUCUGAGUCCUCGUUAAGUCUGAAUAAACGAGUCCUCCCCAAUAAUGGCGGCUAAUCAAUGCCUGGGCGCUGGAAAUCAAUGAACAAUCAUGCCUGAUGACCAUGAUUAAAACAAAAUGCCGUCGUUCCCUCCAAAGUACAAAGUCAUGGCCCACAAAGCCGAUCCCAGACUCGGCUCCGAGUGAGAGAGCUUUAAUCAGAAACUAUUUCUCAUAUCAACACUUUGCAAUGAUUGAAAAAUGUGACGCCAUCAUUGCCCGCCCAUUCCAAUCAUCACAGAUCUUGACCGAGAUCCUAGAUCAAUCCUCGAACCAGAUGUUUCCAUUGGGAUUGGAUUGAAGAUCCGAGCGCUCGCGAGUCAACCAACCCCUGAGAACGGUCGGGAGGAGAAAGUGCGAGCGAGCAGACCGAUAGGACAGGAAUCCCGAAUGGUUCGUAUCUCACUUGGUGGCAAAGAUGUGGCGUUAAAAGAUUCAUCAAAAGCCAUUCAGCGAUCGAAUGCCUAGAGGCAGCAUCUCACUUGAAUCACUUGAAUCACUUGAACCAGCCCACCGCGAUCACAAAGCUCACUCAGUAGUGCCCCUGUCUGCCUAAACCAGAUACAAAUGUUGAUCUCGAGAAUGGGGGAAGGGAACAAAUGCGGAGAAUUGGGAGUUGAGAGCAUUCAAAGGACUCGGUUUUAUAGGUCUAUCAAGACAUCAUACCUCGUUCCAAGCCAAGGGGAACAAUGACCAGAAGAGAUAUCAAUAAAUCAUGUGGGGAGCACUUGUCCUCCGGAGUCCUGCCCUUGAUUUGGCGAUUACUCCAUACAAGCACGUCCAUUUGAAAUAAGCUCUGGCUUCCAAGAUACCGACCGAAUGGUUCGUUCGGCUUUUAUAUCAUACUUUUGAUACACAAUCAAAUGGUAAAAAGGCGGACUGCCCAAAUGUAUGCCACUACCAUCAUUAUCGUCAUUCCUUUUCAAUCGGAUGUUUUCAGGUCUUGCCCAAAUAUAACUGGGAAUGGGCCAAGAAUAAUGCAGGACAAGGACAUUCAGACCCGGGGAGCCCGCGAGUCCGACCUAUUAAAUUAUUGGUCGGGAGGCAAUUAUUUCAUGUUCUCAGGGCUUCAAGUCAUUGUCAUGAAUCAAGACCAUCGACUGCCCGUAGUAGAAUCAUCGUGCAGUUUCAGAUCUGGUUUCGUUAUCAUAACUUGGGUCCGACCAUCGUGGGUUUUAAGCACGUGCACUACUUUUGUCAUGGCUCUCUCAUGAGUUUGUACCAAUUCUGGUUCAUGAAAAAAAACCCAACUGUUUUGAGUGAUAGAGAGGAGAUUCUGACUAUUGAAGCCGUUCGCAGGAAUACGUCGGUAAAUUCAGCACGUGCCUAGUUCAAAGCUUUGGCUUUUUCUGGGUGCCUUAUCUAGAGUGUCUAGCUCAUCAUUAACAGGAUGACAAAUGGCAUCCUGAAUAAACAGUUUAAUGGUCUAAGAUUUCAUCUAAAUUGAAGCAGAAGACUAGGCUGAGAGGUCCAUUGCAUCCAAGGAAGUGCCUGUCAUCGAGCUUCUGGCAACCAUAGCCGUACUUACGUUUUUUGUCCAGAUUAACUUUCAAGCAAGGAAUUGAAGGGUCGUUUUUACCUUUGCUCGAAUACGAAGAGCUUCCUGAUGAAAUCCUUGGCCAAAUCCGAGGUCUGGGAAAAGAACUCUUCGUCGAAUUCAUAGUCGCAAGCCACAAUGUUCGCGUAGGUUUCCUGCUGAGUAUCGCCCAAAAAUGGAGACGCACCCGAGAGCCUAAAAUGGAAACGACCCAUCAGCAAACCACGCGAAGAAUUGGUAUCACAACUGUACACAGAACAUAACCACUGGAUACACAACAAUGUUCAGGUUGCAUAGAUGGCCCAUUGAGAUUACACGUGAACUUGAUUUACCAAUGGAAGUGUGAAGAAAACAGAGCAAGUUUCAAGCGUACAGACAAGUGCUCUUGUGCAUGUUAAAUGAGCUCCUUCAUUUGGAGGUAGGGGAAUGUGGACAAAAGCGGGUUUGGCUCAUUGACUGUCAAAGCCGUAUUUGGACACAAUGGCUAUCGGGGAAUUUUAGGGGCUUAGUUGAGGAAGGACUUGAAAGAGUUCUUACAAAAUAUAGGUAAUGACUCCGAUGCUCCACAUGUCCGUGUUGAGUGAGAUCGGCUCAAAGUUGACCACUUCUGGACUCACAAACUCCGGAGUGCCCAACAUUUCACGUAACUCCUCGCCAGGUUUGAUCUUUCGACUCAGUCCGAAGUCAAUGAGUUUUAGCAACGGACUGUUCUCAGUCUUGAGCAUGAUAUUUUCGGGCUGAAAGAAAGAGCUCGAUUACUAAUUCGUGUUUUAAAAAAGUAUUUUUCUUCAGAAUCAUUCAUUACCUUGAGGUCCAGAUGAGCGAUGUAUUUGCUGUGCAUAUGCUUCAGGCCUUCAAGGAUUUGUUUGAUAAAGUUGGAGGCCUCCUCUUCAGACAAGCGCUCCUUUUCCGAGAUGAAAUCGAACAGUUCUCCGCCACGAAGUCUUGGAUGAGAUGAAAAAAAAAAUUGCAGUUAUUUCAAAUUUGGCGCUCUUGUUCAACUAGUUGGCAAAUAUCUAAAGGGUUGCCAUUUUGGGAGCCAUGUCUAGACCGAGGUGGCAAAAAAAACAUCUCAAAGAACUGCACGAUCUGCUCACCCUAGUAUGCAUUCUAUACAAGGCAAUGUCAGAUCAAUACAUUUGUCACUGUCGUUCAGAAUAUUUCGUGUCAUGCACCCCGAUCACUUUGGUCUUGCCUACGAGUUUGGCUCACGAACAAAUCACCCUCAUGGCAAAUGUUAGAAACACGUGUUCAACUCAAUCUAGUCGAACCUAUUGCCCUUGCAAGAUACCUGCACCAUGAGUUCCACAUCGCACACCCAAUCCCGUCCCAACAACCAAUGGACACGCCUCCGCGAUGACACCCGUCCCUCCCCGGCUCAAUAUGAACCCCCGGCCAAACGGGCCAAUCUGGCUGCUGACCGCCCGAGCUCGAAAUUGUGGGAGGACGAAAACAGUCGGUCCCCACCCCAUGGCUCCCACGCCCCUAGCUUGCUUGUCCCUCACCCUCGUCACUCCGCCCCCUUGUCGCCUGAAGACUGCGAUCCCUCUGACCUUCGCUACAAGACGGAGGUGUGCCGAAAUUUUAAGGAACGAUCCAAGUGCGUAUAUGGCGAACAGUGCCAAUUUGCCCAUGGACGGCGAGAACUUAGGGACGUGGUCAGAAACGCCAAGUACAAGACGAAACAUUGCCAGAAGUAUUGGAUCACCGGCUACUGUGCUUAUGGACCCCGCUGUAACUUUCUUCACAAUGAGCAGGAGGGAACCCCUUCACAGGAAACACGCUGUGGGUCCAAGGCGGCCCGAGGCGGAGGCGGGUCUCAUUGGGGAGGACACAAGUCUGCUCGAGGCUACGCCAGUCAAAGACCAGCCUAUUGAUGUACCGUGGUUAAUGAUUCCCCCCCCCCNNNNUUUCUAUCUGACGAAUUUUCAUGCGAAAUAAUAGAGAUCGUGACUUACAACUCGAGAACGAGGAUGACGUGGUGACUGGUGUCGUAGACCUGGUGCAAGUAGAUCACAUUCACGUGUUCCAUUUCGGCCAAGAUGUGGAUUUCCUUCUGGAUGUCCUCCCGAGCCACACCUCGUCGAGAGGUCUCGAGCCGCUUUUUCUUGAUGAAUUUGGCCGCAUAUUCGUUUCGGGUGCUCUUCUCGAUCACACGAAAUACCACGGCGAAUUGACCACUAGAAAAGGGGGAAACAAAUUUAAAGCAGUGUUUGAUACAGACAUGCAACAACAUUUUAUAUCGUCCAAAAACGUUGACGUUGUUGAAGUUUUCAAUAACAUGAUAUUCAUGCCGAUUUUACCGAUCAUCGGGUGCGCACUUCAUGCGGCCCAAAUUCAUUAUUACGGUCCUUACACCAACCAGCAGGUUGUUUAAACAGUCAUGGGUGUGGCUCAAUUUGAAAGGAACAAAUUUUGUUAAGUGUGUUUUAAGCAACGACCAUUCUGAAGAAUAUAGUUGUGACUCGA